GGGUGAAAGUGAAAUUCUUGCUACUGCGACUCGCGAGAAAGAAAAUAGAUGGCUGGGAAGUAGUAGUUUCGGGAGCAACAACAACAUAACAAUUCAAAGAAUGCUCCAUAAUCUGUUAAUAUGGGAAAAUUGAAAGAUAUACAUCACAAAUCUCUGCAGCUUUUAAACGAUGAACCUGAAACCACUACUUCUAGUUUUCUUAAAGACUUUAAGUCAAAGAAUACACAGCAGGUAUUUCUUCAGCAAAGUGUAACCCUUUUGGCGCUUAAAGACAAAACACAUGCAAAUGGAACAGCUGCACCUAAUGCCUUCCCACCUAAAUUAUUGUUUGGAGUUGUGAAUGAGGAUCUGCCAUUAUUCAUUGGAGCAGUAAUAGGGGCUUCACUUAUAAUUGCAACCUGCUUAUGCAUUGUUACAUUGUGGAAAUGCUGCUGUAGAAUGACAAUAUGGAGUAAAAAGAAAGAAUAUUGGUUGGAGCCUAAAAAUGCCUCAAGUGUGAAAGGAAAACAUAAAUUCCCUGUAGUUCAAAGCAAUUCAGUGGUUUUCCUAGGCUUGAAGCCAACUCGAGUUUUUGAUUACAAGGGAGAAAAAUCAUCUGAAGAUUACUCUGAUACUCAACCAAUAGCUAUUGUAAAAACUCCAGAUUUUUAUAAGAGAUCAUUUAGUGAAAUUCAGCAUAUCAUGUCAUCUCAUUCUCCUGAAGUCAUCACCUCAGAAGCUGAGAAAAAUCCUUGCAAAGAUUCGAUGGGUAUUCCAGACUGCACAUGUUCUGACAAGCCUGUAAACCAAUUAUGUUCUGUUAUCUCUGUGCCACCAGCAUCAGGCAAUCAUGUCACUACUACAAAUGUUCCGAAAGCAAGCAUUUUAUCACCGAAUGAUGUGAACAUUCCAAAUAUCAUCAUCCAUCAAGAUUCACCAGCUAUUUUUCAUCGAAAUUUUUACACUGGAACAUUCGAUCAACAAAGUUUGUAUAGCUGUGAAUCAAAUAUGGAAUCUGAAUUUGAUCUAAAAGGCUGCCAUUUAACGUGGAGCAACUACAGCUUGCGACCCUCAUCUACCAGUGACUGUUAUUAUGACUUGUUUCAAAAGGCUAGUUUCUGCAAAAAGAAGAAAAAUCGUAUGAGGAGUGAUAUUGCUGCAGCUAUUGCACUAAAUAGAAGUCAGAGUUCACAGCUAAAUAAAGAUACAGAAUUACUUGUUGAAAAUGAAGUAGAGGUCAUAUUGGAUGAAAGAACAACUUUGUAGAUAGAUCUAUAGAAUCCUUUUAUAGGUCUUAGUGCAAAGUAACUAAUUAUUUCUACCAUAUGGCUAUCUUAGUUUUGUACAGUAUUGUCUGUUUGCACUUUUCAUGCAUAACAAGUAACUUCCACAUCAGUUGGACAUUCUAGUCAUGACUUUAUAUUGAUAAAAUUUUCUAAAAUUUAUAUUUCUAUUUGUUGUUUGUUGAAUUUUUGACCAAAGUUUUAUGUAUUAUUAUAAAGUAUUAACUAUUCCUGUACAUGCAUUAAAAUUUAAGCAUGAAUAUUGAUAAGCUCUUUUGUUUACUGCUUUUCUAAAGUUAUUUUCAUGCAUGGAACAUCAAAGACGCAUAACUUUGAGAUGAGGGUCUUAAAAGUUUUCAAGUUUAUUAAAAAGGUAAAAGAGUAGGAUCUAGUUUUAGAUAUUCACCAAACUAACAUUUAUUUCAAUCAUUUCAUUGUGACAGCUAGUUAGUUUGAACAAUUAAAGUCAUUAAUCAAAGCAUAAUUUCUGACCUGAAUGCAAUAUGAUUUUAUUAUAAAAACAGCUUGAAAAGAAAAAAAAAAUUGAUUUUGUAUCGUAACUUCUUUGUCGCUCACUUUUAGAGAGCAUCUGUUCUGGAGUGCAUAAGAAUUUUAAACAAAAUCUUGAUUUCUGAUGCAAUACUUGAAUGGUACUUCAAAAGAGCUUCUCAAAAUAUUGUACUUUUUGUGUAUGCCUCUUUCAUUUAGUCUUAAAAUUUUCUGUGAUAUAUUUUCAAAGUACUUAUCAGGGUCUAUGCUUUUUUUAAUAUAAAUUUUAAUAAUGAACUUGGAAUUUUAUCAAGAAUUAUUACUAUAUUAUCAGUGUAUGGCUUGUUUUAUUGUUAGACGUUUUAUAAAUAAAUAUUUUUAUCAUGCUCUUUCAAUAUUUGUUAUGUGUCUGUAUGAUGAAAUGAUAUUUUUGCACUUUUGUAGAACUGUUACUUUUCUAUAAAACUGCACAAUCUUCCACGUAAAUAUAUUUGGACAUUUUAAUAAGGCAUUUGUCAAACUGAUAAAAGAUUUCUUUUAGCACAGAUUUAAUUGGAAUACCUUUAUGCAACAUGUACUCGUUUGAACUACAAAACCUCUUUUUUCACAACCGUUAGUCCUAGAUGCAUACUUCCAAUUUCAAGUACGUUCAAAAUUGAGAUGCAGAAUUAAGAUAUCAAAAAUUUGAAAAGGAAAAAAAAAAAAGUGAAAAAUAUGAAAUUUUUAUAAAGCCCAUGCAAAUGUUAUGAUGCAUCAAAACACACUACAAAAACUCAUACAAUUAAAAAAAAAAUUCUCUUUGCAAACGUAUAAUUUUAAACAAUUAUUAGUUGAUGUAGUUCCCCCAAAAGUUGUAAUUAACUAAUAGCAUAAAAGCAGUAGAGCUCACAAAAUGCUUCGUUUCAUGUUUUGGUGAAAUUAAUGUGAUUUCCCUAAAGAUAAUGUGGGGGAUUUUGAGACUGUAUGAAAAGUUUGAUUUCAUAUUUUUUUUUUCACCUUAAAUUUUAAUAUCUUAAAUGCAUCUUAUUUUAGUCAUUUCCACAAUUGGAAGUAUACAUUUACGACUAACGGUUGCAAAAAUAGAGGUUUUGCAGGUUGAACAGGGACGAGCUGUAUAUACUAACAUUUUUUGAAUGGCAAUGUAAUAAAAACAUUUUUAAGUGUCUUUUUAAUAAUGUAAGUUUUUUUUUUUUUUAAAGAAAGUAUUUUUUAUUUUGGAUACCCUUUACUUGAAAUUGUAUAAUAUUGCAAAUACUGUCUUGAUGAAUUAGUACAUAAUAGGUCAACAUUUGAUUUCCAAUUGAAAUGACUGUCUCAUAAAAUUGUGUGAAAGAUACACAGAAAUUGAUUUAUCUCAUAUUAUAACCUCAUUUCAGGAUUAAAAUAAAAUGUAGUGAUCAAGCUGUUAAUUUUUUUAUAGUUGCUAUUAUUACUCUAAAAGUUUUGUCCAUGCAAUAAUUGUAACUUUUCUUGUUCUCAUAUCAAAAAUUGAAUGAGAAGUUAGGAGUUUUCAACCAAUAGCAUUGUUUUAAGGAAAAAGUUUUUUUUUUACUGAAGUAGAAAUUCAUUAUUACACUAUAAGAAUCUAUUUUUUUUUUUUUUGGAGAAGUAAAUAAUAUUUAUGAAAAAAUUAAUAAUAAUUUUUAUAAAAAAAAAGGAUUGGUUCCCUUUCUUACGAACAUUAAGUUUUAGAAAAGACAAUCUUUUGACUUCAUGCUCAUACAAUAACUAAACAUUUUUGAAAUAUAUUUUACCAAAGAUUUUUAUAACAUUCUUGUAUGAGCUAUUCAUGUGCAAAGUAAAGUCGUUCAAGAUAUUUAUGAACUGAUUAGCACUCUGUAUAUUUUGAUAAAUAUAAAAAUAUGCAUGAAGAAAAGAAAAAGAAUGAAUAUCAAUAUUUUAAAAUUUGAUAAAAUUUUCUUUUAUGCUUUUAGUCAGUAAAAUUUUGCUACUAUUGUAUUAAUUCUUAUAUUGAUGGUGAAUUGUUUGGAAGUGUUAUGUGAAGUAUUAAUUUAACUACUAAUGUGCCAAAUUAAUGUUUGAAAUUUAAUGUUGAAACUGUUUUGUUGUUGUUGUUAUAACUAAUAGCAUAUCAAAUGUUUUUUAUUUUUAAUCAUGCACAGAUAUUCUUUAGCUUAUUUACAACUCUUUAAAAGAAUAUACAUAUUUGAUGUUACUUUUAUCUUCUAUGUAUGUUUUUGAAAAAGUUAUAUAAAGGUGGUUCUUCAAAAACCUGACUUUUUCUACUCACAAUUUUUUGAAAAAUAAUUUAAAAAUUAAAAAAAAUGUAUACUGAGUUUGUGUGUGAGGAGCUUUUUAAAAGAAAAGAAAAAAGGAACUCGCUUUAACGGUAUUACAUUUUAGCUAAGUUGUCCUGGUACAGAAGAUGCCAGAAGAGUGACAUUUUUUGUACAGACAGCUUGUUACCAAGACCCAGAAUUAUAAGGUUAAAAAUGCUUUUUCUUAAAAUCUUUAUCUCUUAAUUACUACACAUGACAGAAAUGUUAUCCAGGGGAGUGACAGCAAAAAUGUUGCAUACCUCAGUUUUGAAGUUAAAAAUUUUGAUACGACCACUGAGGAAAUCAGAAUCACAAAAUACUCCAUUCAAAAUUCCUUCUUUUUACCUAUUAUAAAAGAACCCAUUCCUAAGCCAAGAGAGUGAAAUCAAUCAAGUCUUGGAACAAACUUGAAUUAUCACAGUGCGUCAUUUUAAAUAGAAUUAAAUGUUAUUUUUCACCUUUAGGGUUACCAUCAAAAUUUUGCUUAAAUAGUUGCUUUAGUAGCCUGAAAUGUAAAAAAUAGUCUCCUCAGAGCAACAUUUAAGUUUCAUUUUGUAUCCCUGUAGCUUUUUCUUCUACUAGUCUUUAUAAAUUUGCUAGAUCAAAAAUACAUUGUGACACAACCACACAGUAGAAACAUGACUGCAUUUAGAAAACCAAAACUAAAUUUCUCACAUCGAAUCUCUGCAAAUACACUAAGAAAAACUCAUGGUGCAAUUUUUGUGGCAUCAAUAAAUGCAACUGAUGCACUCAUAAAUUGUUGUUCUAUAUCUAUUUUUUUCCUUAAUGUUAUAUUACAAUGCAUGGAAAAAUAGUCACUUAAAAUUAUAAAAAGUCACCCACUUUAAAAAUAGUUGCUUUUGGGUCUUUUUUGAUAAAAAAAUCGUCCUAAAUGCCUAGGGUCAGAAAUAGUCACAAAAGUUUCCAGUGACAACCCUACACCUUUAAGUAUGCAUAGUUUAAUACUACUAAUUUAUUUGUGGAAUGUUGAUGUAAAGUUUAAAAAUACUUUUAAGUAUACUUAAGAAAAGGAUUCACACAGACUAGGAAAGUGAUCCUCUUAAGAAAAAACAAAUGAAUUAUUGUUUACAUUGAAUGGAAAUACAAUGGGAAAAUUAUUUCUAACAAAAAAAAAAAAAAAAAAAACCUUUGUGAGUUAAGCAAUUCUUGUGUUAUUGUUCCUGGACACAAUAUUGUUAGGAUUUUGGGGAAUCGCCGAUAAGUAUCUGUAGUGCAAAUGAAGCAUAUUACAUUUAUGCAAAGAUUUCAUGUUUGUUGUUUAAGCACUUUAACAUCUUAAUGAUCUUUACUUCAUUAUCAAGAUUGGAAUAAAAAAUA